UGUCAUUCCCAGUGUUUCAAUAUUUUCAGUGUUUUCAAACAUCUGUACAUCGCGAACCAUAAAUUUGACUUUUAGACUGAUCUCUAAAUUAUUUGUUCAAAUGUUUCAUUAGAUUAGAUCAAAUGGAGUGUAAAGUACUGCCUGAUGGCUGGAAACGUGAAGAAGUCACACGAAGAACAGGAUUAUCAACUGGUAAAACAGAGGUCUAUUACUACAGUCCGGAUGGAUUAAAAUUCCGGAGCAAACCUCAACUGGCAAAAUAUCUUGGAGAUGCUGUUGAUCUAACGAGUUUUGAUUAUCGAACUGGUAAAAUUAAUUCACUUUUAUUGCGUAAAAAUAAGAGCCAAAAAGGAUCCUUGGAUGGAGUUAAAGGAGUAAAGUUAUGUGAUUCAGGAUCUGCCAUACCAGUCAGAAGAACUGCUUCUAUAUUUAAGCAGCCUGUUACCAUUAUUAAGACUCAACCUGAUAGCAAAAUCAAAAAUGAUUUAAAACAUAGUUCAUCGGAUAAACCAAAACAAGUAUUUUGGGAGAAACGCUUAGAAGGUUUAAGAGCCACCAAUAUCGAUCAAGAAUUUUAUGAAAGCUUCGAUUUACCUAAAAGCAUGAAACCUGUUGGACCAAAUGUAGGCCCAGAAACUGCUUUGAGGAGUGUAGCUACAGCUUUGCAUCUUCAUAUAAAGCCAAUUACAGGACAAACAGCAGGUCGAACUGUCUUAGAAAAAAAUCCAGGCGCUUACUUGGAUACUAAACAACCUUUAAUCGGUGCUGUAAUAAUUACUGACGAUGAAAUAAAACGACAAGAAGAACGAGUAAACAACAUUCGAAGAAAAGUGGCAAUCGCUGUUACCGACUAUGAGAACAGCUUGCAUCAAAUAUGAUUAGAGAGUGUUCAAGAUUUUGUAAUCCUGAAACUUUCAACUGGAUUCUUUGGAUUUACCAUGGAUACUUAAGUUACCUCGGUUCUUCAGAUACGUUUUUAAAUGAUGUUUGAAUUUGUUUAUUUAUUUUUCGCUUUUAUUUAGAACUUAAAUCCAACGAUCAAUUUUUGUGAUCAUGUUUGUUAAUUUUUUUGAAUUGUAAAAUUUUUCAAUUGUUUGACGGUUUUAUUAAUUUUCA